UGGGAGGGGGCGAGGGAGCUAGAGUCGGGAGAGGGAGGCGGCGGCGGCGGGAGGAGGAGGAGGAGGAGGAGGCGGCGCCGCCAUGGCCGCCGCUAUCACCGACAUGGCCGACCUGGAGGAGCUCUCUCGCCUGAGCCCUCUGCCCCCCGGCAGCCCUGGCCCGGCGGCGCGGGGCCGGGCUGAGCCCCCCGAGGAGGAGGAGGAAGAAGAGGAGGAGGAAGAGGAGGCCGAGGCCGAGGCGGUGGCUGUGCUGCUGUUGAACGGCGGCGGCGGCGGUGGGGGCGGCGGCGGUGGCGGCGGAGUGGGGGGCGGCGAGGCGGAGACGAUGUCGGAGCCGAGCCCCGAGAGCGCCAGCCAGGCCGGGGAGGACGAGGACGAAGAAGAGGACGAGGAGGAGGAGGACGAGAGCAGCAGCAGCGGCGGGGGCGAGGAGGAGAGUAGCGCCGAGAGCCUGGUGGGCAGCAGCGGCGGGAGCAGCAGCGACGAGACGCGCUCGCUCAGCCCCGGCGCCGCCAGCAGCAGCAGCGGGGAUGGGGACGGCAAGGAGGGCCUGGAGGAACCCAAGGGACCGCGGGGCAGCCAGGGCGGCGGCGGGGGCGGCAGCAGUAGCAGCAGCGUCGUCUCUAGUGGCGGCGAUGAGGGCUACGGGACCGGGGGUGGCGGAAGCAGCGCGACCUCCGGGGGCCGGCGAGGCAGCUUGGAGAUGUCGUCGGAUGGGGAACCCCUGAGCCGCAUGGACUCGGAGGACAGCAUAAGCAGUACUAUAAUGGAUGUAGACAGCACAAUUUCCAGUGGGCGUUCAACUCCAGCAAUGAUGAAUGGACAAGGAAGCACUACUUCUUCAAGCAAAAAUAUUGCCUAUAAUUGUUGUUGGGACCAGUGCCAGGCUUGCUUCAACUCUAGUCCAGAUCUGGCAGAUCACAUCCGUUCCAUACAUGUAGAUGGUCAGCGAGGAGGGGUAUUUGUUUGCUUAUGGAAAGGUUGUAAAGUAUAUAACACUCCAUCAACCAGUCAGAGUUGGUUACAGAGGCAUAUGCUGACACACAGUGGAGACAAACCUUUUAAGUGUGUUGUUGGUGGCUGCAAUGCCAGCUUUGCUUCUCAGGGAGGGCUAGCUCGCCAUGUACCCACACACUUCAGUCAGCAGAACUCCUCAAAAGUUUCUAGCCAGCCAAAGGCCAAAGAAGAAUCUCCUUCUAAAGCUGGAAUGAACAAAAGGAGAAAAUUAAAGAACAAAAGACGACGUUCAUUACCACGACCACAUGAUUUCUUCGAUGCACAAACACUGGAUGCGAUAAGACAUCGAGCCAUAUGCUUUAACCUCUCAGCUCAUAUAGAAAGUUUAGGGAAGGGACACAGUGUUGUUUUUCAUAGUACUGUAAUAGCUAAGAGAAAAGAGGAUUCUGGAAAGAUAAAACUUUUGCUUCAUUGGAUGCCUGAAGACAUUCUGCCUGACGUGUGGGUGAAUGAAAGUGAACGACAUCAAUUAAAAACUAAAGUAGUUCAUUUAUCAAAGCUACCCAAAGAUACUGCCUUGCUUUUGGAUCCAAACAUAUACAGAACAAUGCCGCAGAAGAGGUUGAAGAGAACUCUGAUAAGAAAAGUGUUCAAUUUGUAUUUAAGCAAACAGUGAACGACAUUUGCAAUCAACUAAAAAUUCGUCUAUCGAAUUAGGGCUGAAAAUUUCUGUUAAAGAGUGUUGCAGUAUGUCUGGUGGCUCCCUUUUCAGGACUAGGGUUUUCUCAUGGAGUACAGUAUGUUAAUAUUUACCUAUAUAACUAAUCUGUUAACGGUUUUUGAAAAACCUCUAUUUCAAAUUAUUUGAAUAAUCCUCAUAUUUUCAUUUUAACCUAUAUAAGCCUCUAAUUUUUUUUCUGAGGAAAGCAUUUGGUUUAUGAGCUGUUUUAUCUUAACAUAAGAAAAAUUGUAUUUUUUUUUUUUUUAAGUAUCUUCAAACUGAAUCCUUUAUGCACCAAAGUUGGUUUUGAAAAGGAAAAUAAAAUCACUUUCUUGCUUGGUAAGCAAGAAGCCAUAUGGAUUUUUUUUAACUUACAGAAAUGGAAAUAUGUGUAACUUGUUAGUAUUGUAUCAAACAAAUGUUGCAUAGAGAUAAUAGAACAUUGCUUGUAAAUAAUUCAGCAGAUUUGUAAUAUAUUUUUAUAUUAUGAAAUGUACUGUAGAUGUUUUUCUAGAGGCAUGAAAGUUAAAUGUAUAUAUUAUGGGUAGAAAUAAUAUUGAAGGAUAUUGUAAUUCACUAGUGCUGCCAGAGGAAUUGUUAAUAAAGCACCUUCUUUAACAAUAAAUGUCUUUGCAGACUUAAGGGACUAUGUACUACUGUUAAUAUCUAUAAGAACAAAACACAUUGAACAUCCUUCCAGAAAGUCUUUGAGGGAGGACCUAUACCCAUAAUAGAAUUAUGGCACUCAUUUCUGACAGUGACCGUGAAAUCAAUUAUUUCCUUACUGUUGGAAGGACAUAUUGUAAAGUAUAUGUGGUUAUAUGCAGUCAAACUGCAGAAAAAUACUCCUGAUUGAGGAGUUUUCACUUUACUACAGUGAUAUAAAAACCAGCAGUUUUUACACUAAAUUUUUUAAAGAAAAGAAUAGACAAAAAUAUAGAAUUAAGCCUUUGGUUCCAAAAUGGGAAAGGUUCCAUGAUACAUAAAUCAUUUCUCAUUUACUUUAAAAAAAUUUUUAAAAUAAUAAAAAUUAUGGGAGACUUUAUUCGUUAACAGUGGGGUAAAGAGCUAUCUAUAUACAUGAAAUGAGUCAUAUAAAAUUAAAUGAAGUGCAAAUAAAAGCACUGCUACUAUAAGACAUUCUGGAAUGGUUGUUUAAUAAGGGUAUUAUCCAUUUGAUCUGUAGCAAAUGUGAUUUAUUUUUUAAAAAGAAAAGGAAAGCAGUGUGUUUUACUUUUUUUGUUUUCUUUUGCUUAAGCACUUCAUCAAUUGCUUUAUUCUGUAUCUACGAAGUAAUCUGCGAUCUCCUUUGUUCUUUUAAAAUUUUGAUUUGUUAUAAAAUUGCCAAAUAGAAGUGUUUCAGAUAUAUAGUUUGUACCUGUAUUUUUUAUUUUAUUGCCUCAUGUUCUUGUAAGUCAUUCUUAAUUGACCGAUGAUUGUAGACCUUGCCUGAGUAUUUUUUCUAAUAAAACAAAGCAAAUCACAUUUAGCUUCAAAAUUGUAACAAUUCAAUUGAAUUUUAAAACGACAUCUGAAAUAUACAUCUCAUUUUCU